AUGAAGAGAGAGAGAGAGAAGAAGAGUGUUGCUGAGCUGACAGAGAAGAAGGGAAUUGAGGCCUUGUUCAGGUCUCAAAUGCGCUCCAUGAUUCAGAAUAUUGAGAAGGCAGCCCUGCUCUCUGAGCAUGCCAAUCUGCUUGCUACUGAGAUGGAACCCGAGGCAGCAGACCAGGAAAUGCGGGAUUUUGAGGCACAGAUUGACCUGGCUGAGAGAGAGCAGCAGAAACCCUUCUCUGAGAAGAUAGUGAAGAGAGAUUUUGAGAUGAUUAUCAUCUCAGAUGAGAAGAAGGAGAAGAAGAAGAAGAAGAAGAAGAAGAAGAAUGAGAAGUAA